GAAAUAGUGUGGAGAAGCAGAAAUCCACCCCCGCAUAGAACGAUGAACUGCACCAAAUUGCUCGAGGACAUCCCCCGCUCCUAUAUAAAGGGCCCGCCAAACUCCCCAGUGCAGAUUUUCGCAUUCACUUCACUUCUGAUCGUCACAACCCGAAAAAUAUUACAUUUGCAAAUAACCUAACAGCAUCUGCAACAUCCCACACCUUUACUCAAUAUGAGUAGCGCUGGCACUUCGAAAGCCGUCGGAAUCGAUCUCGGCACAACCUACAGCUGUGUCGGAGUCUUCCAAAACGACCGGGUAGAAAUUAUCCCAAACGACCAAGGCAACCGUACAACGCCCAGCUAUGUGGCUUUCACCGAUACUGAGCGUCUCAUUGGAGACGCAGCGAAAAACCAAGUCGCCCUGAACCCACAAAACACUGUCUUUGACGCCAAGCGACUCAUCGGCCGCCGGUUCACUGACAAGGAAGUUCAAAGCGAUAUGCAGCACUGGCCCUUCAAGGUCUGCUGCGAGGGCGACGGAAAGCCAGUCAUCGAAGUCGAAUUCAAGGGCGAGAAGAAGAGGUUCACACCCGAACAAAUCUCUUCGAUGGUGCUCACCAAGAUGCGCGAAAUCUCCGAAGCCUACCUCGGCCACCCUGUCAAAGACGCAGUCAUCACGGUCCCAGCCUAUUUCAACGAUUCUCAACGACAAGCAACGAAAGACGCUGGAACCAUCGCCAACCUCAACGUUCUGCGCAUUAUCAACGAACCUACUGCCGCGGCGAUUGCGUACGGGCUUGACAAGCGCAAGGGCCAUGAGCAAAACGUCCUCAUUUUCGAUCUUGGAGGCGGCACGUUUGACGUGUCGCUUCUUUCCAUCGAAGACGGCGUUUUCGAAGUCAAAGCUACCGCCGGCGAUACCCACCUAGGCGGUGAAGACUUUGACAACCGCUUGGUCUCACACUUCGUCGACGAAUUCAAGCGCAAAUACAAGAAGGACAUCCGAAGCAACCAGCGAGCACUUCGCCGCUUGCGUACGGCUGCCGAGCGCGCUAAGCGAACACUCUCGUCAUCAGCCCAAGCGAGUCUCGAAAUCGAUUCUCUCUACGAAGGCAUCGACUUCUAUACGACAAUAACCAGGGCGCGGUUUGAAGAACUCUGCGGCGAUUUGUUCCGCGCCACGCUCGAACCGGUUGAGAAGGUUCUGCGAGACGCCAAAAUCGCAAAGAAUGAAGUCCACGAAGUCGUAUUGGUCGGCGGCUCCACUCGCAUCCCCAAAGUUCAGAAGCUCGUCUCCGACUUUUUCAACGGCAAGGAACUAAACCGGUCGAUCAACCCGGACGAAGCAGUGGCCUACGGUGCUGCUGUCCAAGCAGCGAUCCUCACCGGUGUUCAAUCCGAAAAGACGCAAGAUGUGCUGUUGAUGGAUGUGGCGCCUCUCUCGCUCGGUCUCGAGACCGCCGGCGGAGUCAUGACGCCGCUCAUUCCUCGCAACACCGUUAUACCCACCAAGAAGAGUCAAGUCUUUUCGACCUAUUCGGACAACCAACCCGGCGUCCUGAUUCAAGUCUACGAAGGCGAACGCAAGCUUACCAAAGACAACAAUCUUCUCGGCAAAUUCGAGCUCAGCGGUAUCCCUCCUGCGCCUCGGGGCGUCCCGCAGAUCGAAGUCGUCUUCGACAUGGAUGCUAACGGCAUCUUGAACGUAUCUGCGCAAGACAAGACAACGGGGAGAUCUGGCAAAAUCACCAUCACGAACGAUAAGGGCCGUCUCAGCAAAGAGGACAUUGAGCGCAUGGUCAGCGAGGCUGAGAAGUUCAAGCAGGAAGAUGCCGCGGUCGCUGAACGAGUCUCUGCUCGCAACGAGUUCGAAUCGUACACAUACAACCUUCGUAACACCAUGGAUGACCCCAAACUGAGUGGCAACCUUUCCGAUGAGGACAAGGCCAGCUUGAAGAAGCUCGUCGAUGAAGCUAUUCAAUGGCUCGAUCACAAUCACGAAGCCUCAACCGAAGAGUAUAAGGAACGUCAGAACGAAUUGUCCAAGGCGACCGAAGGCAUCUUGAAGAAGAUGUAUCAAGGCGGAGGAGGUAACACGGGAGGAGCUACCACAGACGGCAGUGCUCCCUCUGGUCCUACCGUGGAGGAAGUCGAUUGAAAAGGAGUCGAUGGAACAGCCCCGCCUCUGUUUGAAAAAUGUAUAUAGCUAGCAACCCCAAUUUUGUAACCUAUCCAUGUAUCGUUGUUUGUAAAUGGCUUCAAUUGAAUAUGAUCAGUAUGGCAAUCUUGUCCAUGCAUUGUCUGA